CUAUAGCUCAAACGCUGAAACAAACCCAAACACAGUCGUCGUGUUACUCGGUUAGUCCGAGAUCGCGUCCGAUAUCGUAGCUGCCUAGCUCGUCAUCUAUGGAUCCAUACCACUACGAGAACAUGCAUGACCCACGCGGCUUCCCCACCCACCAGCAGCAGGCGCCGUACCACCUCCUCCCCGCGGCCGGCCUCGGCGAGGGCAGGAUGAGGGGCGGCGGGCGGCGGCGCCCCGGCGCCAAGCUCUCGACCGACCCCCAGAGCGUGGCGGCGCGGGAGCGGCGGCACCGGAUCAGCGACCGCUUCCGCGUGCUCCGCAGCCUCGUCCCGGGGGGCAGCAAGAUGGACACGGUGUCCAUGCUCGAGCAGGCCAUCCACUACGUCAAGUUCCUCAAGGCGCAGGUCACCCUGCACCAGGCCGCGCUCGUGCAGCACGAGGAGGGCGGCUGCCACGCCGACUUCGCCGCGGCGGCGUUCACCGACGCCGAGGUGGCGCUGGAGCCGAAUAACCACCACCGCCGCGGCUCGGGCGAUGAAGACGUCGUCAUGACGCUGGAGAUGCCGGUCCCGGUGCAAGCAGCUGAACCGGUGGGCUACGGCGACGGCGCCGCGGCUCAUCAGCUGCAGCAAGCGCUCGAUCCAGCAGGGCAGCUGAUGAACGGUGGUGCUCAUGAGCUGCCUCCGCUGCCUUGCUGUGUUUUCCUCCAGGAGACUGACCCCUCCUGCUACUCGGUGUGCAAUGUACACGGCGAGGAGGCCGGUGUGCAGGGAUCUUAUUAGCUGCUGCUAGUGAGACAAUGGCUAGCUUAAUUUUUAGGUGUGGUUAAUUAAUUUCCUUACGUAUGUUUGAACGUUGGCUGCUAGCUGUCGUCUAGCUCUACUUACUGAGCUUUAACUAGGUCGACCGAUAUAUGUAACCGGUUGCAUUGGUCCGUUAAAUUAGACUCUUGUAGUCUUGUUUGGGCAUGAAUUAAUAUGUGCGUGCAUGGGUUCUGUCACUCUGUUUAGCAAUAUGCAGAGAUAACAGACCUUUUUUGCAUGCAUGUUUCCUGAACCAUUCUGAAC